AUGGCGGGCGAUGUGGCCAUUGAGUUCAUGCUGCAGCGGAACAGCUCCUUCUAUAUGACGGUCUUCUAUAUGCCGCUGAUUGCCUGCGAGAUCUUCAUUAUCCUAUCGUUUGUGCUUCGCUCCACCCGACGUAGUGCUCUCAUACUCAUUGCCCUCCUCAUAAUUGCCUGGGGACUUAUGUACAUAACGCGCCACGCCUCUCCGCACUAUGAGCCCGCCUUAAGGUCAGACUACAAGAUCAUAAUGAUUGUCAGCUGCUAUUGCUAUAUCCUGCACAUCUGCAUCAUGUGGCUGGAGCGCUAUCCGCCAAGGAACAAGGCACCCGCAUUCCUUGCAUCCUUGAUCAAUUCGAACCUCCAGCGCUGUGUCCUAGGACUGCGCUAUGCGGAUUCGAACGCGAACUGCGACAUUCAGGAGAAACCCUGGUCCCACUUGGCCAAGAUCCUCAACAAUCUGAGCUUCAUUGGCGUCUGCAUUGCGUUCGCAGUGAUGAAUGUGACAAGCAGAGUUUGA